GUGUUUGCCCCUGGCCGGCGUGCACGCGCGGGUGAUGCGCUAGCCAUGAUCUCGCAGAAGCUUUCGUACGGCGACGUGCCGACGUCGGCGUCGCUGUCCUCGCUGUCGCCGGGCCUCGCGCCGCCCUACGUUAACGGCAUGGGCUGCAUGCCGGCGCAGCCCUAUCCGAAUCUAUACUCCAACAACAUGGUCGCGGGCGGCUCGUGUAUGGGCUCCCCGAGUGUCGGCUACUCGCCGCCUAGCACCAUGGCCUCCUGCAUGGGCGGCGCCGGCGCCGUGCCCUACGGCUCCUUGCCGCGAGAACAGGAGGCCGCCUCGCCCACCUCAGCGCUGCAGCGGGCCCGCAACGACAAGACGUACCGCCGCUCUUACACGCACGCGAAGCCGCCUUACUCCUACAUAUCGCUCAUCACCAUGGCUAUCCAGAAUAAUCCUUCACGAAUGCUGACGCUCUCCGAAAUCUACCAGUUCAUCAUGGAUCUGUUCCCUUUCUACAGACAAAACCAGCAGCGCUGGCAGAACUCGAUCCGACAUUCGCUGUCCUUCAACGACUGCUUUGUGAAAGUGCCGCGCACACCGGACAAGCCCGGAAAAGGUUCCUUUUGGACGCUACACCCUGACAGCGGGAACAUGUUCGAAAACGGUUGUUUCUUGCGACGUCAGAAACGAUUCAAGGACGAGAAGAAAGAGACAUUGAGACAGGCCCAGAAGGCGCAGCAGACGCAUGGACACCACGGGGGCUCACACGACAAGCGCGGCGAGCACGGGCACGACAAGAGCGCGCCGCCCGGGCCCGGCGAGGACAAGGAGAUGCGCGACGAGCUCCUGGCCCAGCUGCACGCCGCGCCCGAGCUCUGUCUGCCGGAGCACACGCCGCUUGCCCUCGAGCACUACGCGCAGCUCAAGCAGGAGCCGAGCGGGUACGCGCCGGCGCAGCACCCGUUCAGCAUCACCCGCCUGCUGCCCGGCGCCGACACCAAGGCGGAUCUCAAGAUGUACGACGUGAACUAUGGAUACGGGCACUCGCCGGCGGAUAACUACUACCAGUCGCCGCUGUACCACCAUCACCACGCGCACGCGCAGCCGCCCUUGUGACAGUACCCCCUGGCGUAGGCCGUCCGCCGCGCGCCCUCGUGGUGCGUGCCGCAGGACGAGUCCGCCGCGCCAUAGCCCAGCCGCCGCUGCCGCCACCGCCGCCGCUGCCGCCGCCGGGCCGCACAACCCGACAAUCUCAUCAAUGAUAUUGGACUCCAAGUGAGCGUUACGUGUUCUGGUGAUAUUACCUACGGAGCGGUCGCGCUCGCCCGAGGACCC